CGGGUAUUUCUGUGGAACUAACGGCAAAAUUGAAUCCUAUACGCCCUGUGAAUGUCACAAGUGCUGUAUGGUGGUAGACGAAGGGGAUGACUUCGUCUGCGAAUGAGCAUUGCUCAACUAACGGUGCCUGGGUGAGCCUGUCCUUCCUCGUUGCCUUCUUUGUCCGAGUGCUAAUCUUGCUUUCACCAGUCAUGGAACGAAUCGCACGAUACGUUCAAUAUGAUGUGAAGGGGUAUUGUUGGGUAGUUUUAACAAUAUAUCAAAAAUAUGGCAUGAGGUUCUGCCAGUUCUGGAGAAAAUCGAAUCAGUUCAGGUUAUCUCGUUGUCCAAAGAUGCUUUGUAAUACUGCAUUGUCGAGGGGAGUGCUGCUAGUCUUGCUCCAAGUAUCCUGGAAAAUUCCUGGGUGAACACCUUGAAGCACAAACCCUGGGCUGUCAACGAGCACUGGAGCACAAGGGGCCUUGGUAAGCGAACAUAGGACACAGAAGUAAU